AUUUAACUACCCCUGAUCUCUUUCCCUUCCCGUCUCCAUCGUUAAGCUUCCAGAAUUCCGUAUCUCACUACAAUUCCUUCCCAUGGCGGCGCGCCGGCAGGUAGUGGAGUUCGAGGACCACCUCCCUCUGAUGGCGGAGAAGCUGGGCGAGGAGGGGCUCAUGGAGGAGCUCUGCAACGGCUUCCGCCUCCUCAUGGACCCCGCCCGAGGCCUCAUCACCUUCGACAGUCUCAAGCGCAACGCCGCGCUGCUCGGACUCUCCGCCCUUGCGGACGACGACCUCCGCGCCAUGCUCCGCGAGGGCGACGGCGACGGCGACGGCGCCCUUAACCAGUUGGAGUUCUGCGUCCUCAUGCUCCGCCUCAGCCCCCAAAUAAUGGACGCCCCCCGACGCUGGCUGGACGACGCCUUCCGGCGAACCUUCGGCUCCCCCGCCGGAUUCAUGAGCUAGUAAUCGAGCUCAUCUGAAGAAAAAAAACUCUUUUUUUUCUCCUUUCCCCAAGGAUUCCAUCUUUUCCAGGAACUUUCAUGUUCAUAAUGUAAUUGAAAUUGAGCUCUCGCCAGUAAAGAAGAUCUGUUUUUUCUCCUC